GGUUUGUGUUGUUGCACCACCGCCGCUGUCAUGUGAUAGCUCGUCUGCUGUUGACAGUGGGUUUCCUACCUCUGGAUGAAGCUGGAACAGAGUCGGGCCGUGGAGAAGUUGUAUGUUUCCUGAGGAGGAGAACACACGGCUGGUUUCUGACGGAGAACAGCGGAGCUGGGCUUGUGUCGCUUCGGCCCUCGGACGCUGCCAUGGGUUGCUGUUACAGCAGCGAGAACGAGACCACAGAGCAGGACCCUGAACGCAAGCCACUGAUCCCCCACCCCAACCCAAUCAGCAAACCCCCAAAUGGGACUGACUGGAUCACCACCACUGUCCCGUCAGCGCGGACAGAUGAACAGGCCCUCCUUACAUCCAUCCUCCACAAGACGGCCCAGAACAUCAUCGAUGUCUCAGCAGCUGACUCUGUCAUGAUGGAGCAGCAUGAAUACAUGGACAAAGCUCGGCAAUACAGUACGAAGCUGGCUGUGUUGAGCAACAGUCUGUCCCAGAAGAAAGCGCUCACUCUGCCCUCCCUCACCAGCCAGCCCCACCAAGUGCUUGCUAGUGACCUGGUGCCAUACUCAGAUGUUCAGCAGGUAUCCAAGAUCGCAGCCUAUGCUUACAGUGCAAUCUCUCAAAUCAAAGUGGAUGCUAAAGAAGAACUGGUGGUCCAAUUUGCCAUUCCCUGAUUCUGCGACUCUGGCCUGCAUCUUUGUUCCUCCCAUCCCGCUCUCUCUGCGUCACUUCUGCAUCCUCAUCCUUUUAUUAAAGCAUCUUGGUCCUUGUGCUCUUUUAGCUAGGCCUCUAACAAAGACAGAGUUGAUGUAGGAUUGGCACACUGUGGCUGUCCAUUAGUAUACUUAAUUAUGGGUCAAAUACAAAUAGUCGUCACAGGCCACUGGGGUGUGAUCUCAUAUUUACUACAGCAAGGCCGCCUCUGUGUGUAUCUAAGGCUUUGUCAGAACCAGCUGUGGGGAAAAAAAAUCAUUCAUCCAUCUCUAAUCUUUUUAAAUAGUUGUUUCAUUGUCUUUAUUUUGUUCGUUUCCCCUUGCCUGUACUUAGGCAAGCAACGCUAGCUCUAUACCCCAGACUGUUAUCCAGAGGCAUGGAAGAAUGUACUGUAUAUUCAUCCUGGACAGAGCUGCAGGAUUUUUGGCACAACGCAUUGGCUAUUGCUGUAUAUACUUGUAUACAAUCUCCAAUGAAACAAGAGAAACGAUUCAUCUCUGUGGCAUGGAAUAAUGGGAAUCAUCUAAGUCAAAUAGGUGCAAGUGCAGUGGUCGAGUAGUUAAACCAUUUACCAGAAUUAAAAAAAGAAACAAACACACUGCCCAUUCCUCAGUGUUUCUCCUUGCACAGCAAGACGUGUGUUUAAAAUAUCAGAACGAAAGAGGGAGAAUAUUAGUUUUUCUAUUGGGGUUGAGAUGUCAUUAUAAUUUCGAAGGUUGUACUACUGUAGUCCUGAUGUUCACUGGUAAGAUCAAACCUCCCACAGUAAUCUGGUGUCACUGCAUCAACAGGAAACCGUGAACAAACCGGACCUGAGUAACUUUAUUGACAUUUCACUGUUAUCAUUUCUAAAAACUGGCAGUGAAACAGGUUGAAUUGGUAAUUAGUGGUCCACUGUGUAAUCGGCAGUGUAGUGACCGGUCCAUGGCUGGUGUCCUGUGGCGGUUGAGGAUGCAAACACAAGCAGGGUGGCUGCUGGGUAGGCCAGCUAACAUAACAGGAGUUGGGGAAAGGACUGAGCUUUCUUGGGCCACAAGUUCUCAAGUUUACAGACAGUAAUUUGUCCUCAGCAGUUGUCUAGCAAAAUCUUUCACAUAUUUACUAGCAGCAGACAUACAGAGAUGAAGGGGUGGCUGUGUGGAGGAUGCAGGGACAGAUAUCAUGCAUUCAUGCCUUUGUACAGAAUUUUCGGAUUUGAAUAUAAAAACCGGAUGAUGGAUUGCCUGAAGUUCCUCUUUUUGUAGAGUGUUCAUCAGUCAGGAUUGGCUCGAGGUCUUGUGACGAUAGCAAAAACGUUUUUAUUAAAACACAACACUUU